CUCUUAUUUGAGAUUGAAUCCCAGCCUAAGUUACCAUGCAACGAGACGCUUUUGAGUUGCACUCUUUGUGAAAAUGAACUCGUUAGCCAUCUAAAAGAAACUUGAACAACAAAACAAAAGCUUUGAUAAAUAACACUACAUUUCGUGCAAUAGAUAUGGCGGCAUAGUCGGUGUUUCUCCUCAAGCUAGCUACACAGCUAAGGUUAGGAGUAGAUGAUAUGGCUGAUGGAUGGUGUACUGACAACGGGGAAGCCGUGUACCGCUCCCGUGAUGCAGUGAAAAACUUCAAAAUAAGAGUCCGGAUUGAACGAGUGACCUCGGCAGCAGCUCUCGCGCACCAUCUGCAACAGCGACACCAGCCGGAGCGGGGCAUCCUCGAACUCAAUCCUUUAAUCUCCCAAACGCGAUCAGUCAGUGACGAAGAAGAGCUGGUGGUUGGCUGGCAAGAGAAACUGUUCAGUCAGUACGAAGUGGACCUGUACCAAACCGAGUCGGUGUGCCAGACACCGCUGGAAAAACAGUAUCAUGCAGAAGUUGUGGAAAUGGAACGAUGCAAACGAAGACCAAAUCAGCGGGUUUUCACCUACACAGACUUUGACCGCUUCACCAACUGGGAAGAGCAGGCUCAGAGUCUGCUAACUCCAGCCCAGAGCAGGCUGACCUUCCUCGCAGAGCGCAUGGCCAACGUCCGGCACAGACGCCAAGACAGACGCCGAGCCGACGCCAACAUUCCGAAGGCCCGUUUAGUCGUAUGGGAGCCAUCCAGAGAGUUUAUGAAGAGCAGCCACAUUGUUACCACACCGAUGCAGACCAUGCACAUCAUGGCAGAUUUAGGACCUGCUGGAAAGCUGGGGUUGAAGGAGAACGAAUACGUCUUGUGCACCGUAAAAGCCGACAGCAACGGAGUCCUUUCUGUGAAACCUGAUUUCAACAACGGUAGAGGACCCUACAGGCUGGAGACGGAGGGAGAAAGACGAGAAGUGUGGCGGCUCUACCUGGAGGACGCCUCCGUUCCCAUAAGCGCAGAGGAGAAACAGCGGGAGCAGCGCAUGUACAGAGAUCUAUACAGUCGCCAUAACGAUUAUCUCAUCAGCCUUGUUGGCCAGGAUUUUGAAAUGCCACCUCCAGGAUUUCUUCGUCUCAUCGUUAACGGCGAGAUAGUUUCUGCACAGGGCUAUGAGUAUGACAACUUAUACGUACACUUCAUCCUGGAGUUGCCAAACAACUGGUCCAGUGUGCCGUCUCAGAGCCUGUCAGGUGUGACUCAGACGUGCCGAAGGCGAACAUUAGGCAAGGACAGUGUGGCCUUCUUCUCCUACCCCUUCAGUUUCGAGUCCUUCUUCAGGAAAGAAGACGAGUCAGAGGAGUCAUUGCCUCAGUGGCCCGUGCUGUACUUCAGGGUUCUCUCCCUGGACUUCUGGCAGCGCUACAGAACCGAGGGCUAUGGCUACAUGGUCAUACCGACGACGCCUGGGUCUCACAGAGUGACUUGCCACACUUGGAGGCCCCUGCAGACUGGCACAGUGGCUGAACUGAGACGUUUCUUUAUUGGCGGUGCUCCUGAACUCGAAGACAUCAGUGACGUGAGAAUACCAGGAACGUUCAAGGGGGAUCGCCUGAGCCGGUUUGGGUUUCGCACUCAGACGACCGGGAGUGUCACUUUCAACCUGAACUGCAUCCUGCAUUCUCGGGCGUUUGUGGAGGCCAACGCUCUGAAGAAGAGACGGCAGACUGUUUUGGACCAGCUGGGUGGCCACAGUCAGAAAGGCUCUGUUUAUAACGUGCUAGAGGCUUUCCAGAGGGCUCGUAAGCGGAUGCAGGAAGCCAGAGAGAGUCUGCCCAGAGAUCUGAUCAACACCACUGGUCCAUUCGGGACCGAAUCCUCAGCAUGAACAUGCUCACAGUUCACAGUAUUUUAUACAGUAUGUGUAAAUAGCUAGUUUGUAGAAAGACACGCUUUUUAAUGUUUAAUUUUUCACAUGCUGAACUUCACCUACUAUGUCCUUUUUUUGACUAUUUUUUUGCACAAAUGCUUAAAAGUAAAUUAUGAAAUAACGUC